AUGACGCAGGUGGCGGCGGUAUCGGCCGACAUCGUCCUCCACAACGCGUUUGUCGUCACCAUGGACGGCGCCCUCACGGUCCUCCGGGACGGCGCCAUCGCCGUCGUGGGCGACCGCAUCGCCGCCGUGGGCCCUUCGGCGGACGUCCUUGGCGCCUUCCCCGGCGCCGCGCAGACCCUCAACCUCGGGGGUCGUAUCCUCCUUCCCGGGUUUGUGAACACCCACGUGCACACGUCGCAGCAGCUGGCGCGGGGGAUCGCCGACGACGUCGACCUGAUGACGUGGCUGCACGGGAGGAUCUGGCCCUAUGAAUCUCACAUGACGGAGGAGGACUCCUACGCCUCCACACUCCUCUGCGGCAUCGAGCUCAUCCGAUCUGGGGUGAGCCAAUUGUCCACUGGCAUCAGUUCCACAGUAACAUGCUUUGCCGAAGCAGGUGGGCAGUAUGUUUCAGAAAUGGCACGGGCGGUGGAAUUGCUGGGAUUGCGUGCAUGCUUGACAAAGUCAACAAUGGACUGUGGUGAUGGGUUACCUCCAAACUGGAGUUCUUGUUCUACCGACGACUGCAUUCAGUCACAGAAGGAUCUAUAUGAAAAGCAUCAUAACACAGCUGAUGGGCGAAUCAGGAUAUGGUUUGGGUUGAGACAGAUCAUGAAUGCGACAGAUCGGUUACUGCUUGAAACAAGGGAUGCUGCACAGGAACUGAAUACUGGAAUCCAUAUGCAUAUUGCGGAAAUACCAUAUGAAAAUCAGCUUGUAAUGCGGAUGAAGAAAAUUGAUCAUGGGACAGUUACAUAUUUAGAGAAAAUUGAUUUUCUGAGGAGUAAUUUGCUGGCUGCCCAUUCUGUUUGGUUGAAUGAGUCUGAGAUAAGUCAUUUUUCAAACGCUGGUGUCAAGGUUUCUCAUUGCCCAGCAUCUGCCAUGAGAAUGUUGGGGUUUGCUCCUAUUAGGGAAAUGCUGGAUUCUGGUGUUUGUGUCUCUCUCGGUACCGAUGGAGCACCAAGCAAUAACAGAAUGAGCAUUGUUGAUGAGAUGUACCUAGCCUCCCUUAUUAACAAAGGGCGUGAGGCCUAUAUCAGUGGUACAACAAACCCAACCGUGUUUCCUUCUGAGACUCUGCUGACGAUGGCUACUAUUAAUGGUGCAAAAGCGGUUCUGUGGGAUAAUGAAAUAGGCUCUCUGGAGGUUGGCAAAAAGGCGGACCUGAUUGUGGUGAAUCCAUUUAAGUGGUCCAUGCUUCCGUUACAUGACAGCAUUGCCAACAUUGUUUAUUGCAUGCGGUCAGAAAAUAUCGAAUCUGUUAUGUGCAAUGGCCAAUGGAUUAUGAAGGAUCAGAAGAUUAUGAAUGUAAAUGAGGAGGAGGUAAUUUCUUCAGCAGUAAAGAGAGCAACUGCCCUCCUAGCGCGAGCUGGCAUCAAUCUCCCUGAAAGGAUGAACUACUUGUGA